AUGAGUUUUACUUUCGAUGGAGCUGAUUGUUCAUGGCCCUCGCCUGAAGAACUUGCAAAGGUGCAAGAAAUUCGGGAGAAAUGUGCGGCCGAGCUUGCAGCACUGUCCGAGUCGCCCCGUGAUGUUGUCGGUGAUAUCCGAGUUGCUCGCUUCUUGCGUUUCUAUGGGGGCAAGGUUCCUGAGGCAUCAAAGGGCUUUUCGGAUUUUUUGAAGUGGCGAGUGAAGGAGAACAUUGAUGUGUUGCGGAAGGGCAUCAUCGACUUGAACAGGGAGCAGUUUCAUGAGUGGGUGGACUCGGUGCGUUCGCCCUUUGCUCCAGUCUUGGUCCCCUUCUUCGGAGAGACGCAGGACACAGAGAUGCUUGCGUUGAUCGAUGCCACCCACUUGGGCCGGGAGACCUUGCCCAUCUUCGUGCCAGAGGUCCGAAAGUUUGCGCAGGACAAUAUGAAGCAAAUCAUGGAGCACUACUGUGACCAGGACAUCCUGAUUCUCUUGGUCAACGCACCCUUCAUUGUACGAUUGGUGCUGGCCUUUGCCACCACCUUCAUGGCCCGCCGGCAAUCAAACCGCAUCAGAGUCUUCUCCAGCGCUACUGGAACUGAAAUCCAAAAGAUCCUACGAGCAAUUGGGCCUCCGACCAUGUUUCCUGAAAGCCUCGCAGGGUCAACCUUGGGCUUUCAGCUUUUGGCUUGGCAGCUGGGAGAGCUUCGGGCGAUGGCCUUCCUCAAAGCGCAGAGGAUUGCUCCUGGCCAUCGCCUGAAGAGCUGUCAAAGGUGCAAGAAAUUCGGGAAAGAUGUGCAGCAGCUCAGCGAUAUCUUCAGCCCGUUUGAGUCGAGGGCGGAGCUCGCUGCACUGCCACAGUCGCCUCGAGACGUGGUGGGUGACAUCCGCAUCGCUCGCUUUUUGCGGUACUGUGGAGGGAAGGUUCCUGAGGCGGCCACGGGUUUCGCCGAGUUUCUGAAAUGGCGAGUGCAGGAGAAGGUCGAUGUGUUGCGACAGGGCAUUAUAGACUUGAAACCGGACGAGUUUAUCGCGUGGGUGGACUCGGUCCGUUCGCCCUUCGCACCGGUCUUUGUACCCUUCUUGGGACAAAGCAAGGAAGGCCACAUUGUUAUUUUUGCAGCGCCUGGGUACUUCAAGGCAACGCAGUUCGUGAACAAGCGGCCUGCUUGUCACACGAUGGAGAAUGACCUUAUGCUGGCCCGUGCAGGGGUGGAAUACAUGAUGAAACUUGUGGAUGACAAUUCCUACGAGAGGCAUCAGAUGCUGUAUUCGAUCAAAGUGAUUGAUGCCGCCCACUUGGGUCGGGAAACUUUGCCCAUUUUCGUUCCGGAGAUCCGGAAGUUUGCACAGGAGAAUGAAAAGCAGAUGAUGGACAUGUACUGCGAUCAGGAUAUUUUGAUUCUGGUGCUGAAUGCUUCACUCAUUGUCCGCGCCGUGCUGGCCUUUGCCACCACCUUCAUGGCCAAGCAGCAGUCAAACCGCAUCAAGGUCUUUGCGAGCGCUACUGGCAAGGAAGCCCAAAAGACGCUCCGGGCUGUCGGGCCUCUGAGCAUGUUUCCCGAAAGUCUCGGAGGCACACGGAAGGCCGAGGACAUCCCGUUCUAUUUCCCACUGGCCCAGGAUGAUGAGAAAAGGAUCGAAGAGUGGAUGUCUCGGACAACUUCUGGCAUCACACGGCAUGGAGCUACCAGCCCCCCUGGCACCAGCCCAGCCUCUGAUGGCGAGCUGACCUGGCAGAUGCAGGGCAAGCGGACAGAGGCCGAAGGCGAGAAAGAGAUUCAGCUUGAUGAGCCAGCGCCCAGCGGAGGAUUGUUGUGCUGCAGCCACUGA